ACCCUGUAUGUAAACCACCUGGACUUGGAUAUUUCCCCCGCCCUUGACAGUGCACCAAGACAACCGUAUAUGCAGGAAGGUAACUGCAUGUUAACCUGCCUGUUCUUUGAUAGGUCAGGUGCAUAACACGAACAGUUUUCAUUUGCAAUUAAUGCUAGCCACAGUAGUCAUUCAGUGAGGGUUGUUCAAUACUACUUGUAUCGCGAGACACGAAACAAUCUUCCUGGUGCACAGAGUCGCCGCCAUGGAGUGGGUGAGACUCGCUGUCCUGCUCUCUGUGUAUGUGCUGCACAUUACAUCAGGCAGCUGCCUACCGGGUACGUAUGGCUACCGGUGUGGAUACAACUGUCACUGUCAGGCUAACACGUGUAACGUUACAGAUGGAUGCAGAUCUCAGACUUGCAUCAAAGGAUGGUCAGGACCAACAUGCCAGAAAAAUAACAAAGCACUCGAUAAGUCGACAUCGGCCAGCAGUACCUCUAUGGCAGCAGGUAACGCUGUAGACGGAAACACCAUAGCGAACAACUAUCGCUCCUGCUUUCAUUCAGCAUACAAUGACGGUAUAAACGUUGCGUGGUGGAGAGUGGAUCUGAAUGAGACAACACCGAUACAUGACGUCACCAUAUACUUCCGGACAGACUAUAAGGUUCGUCGGAAUGGUAUCCAGGUCUACAUAGCUGACACUGCCGCUUCUCCAACUGAUGGAGUCAAGUGCUACAACGUGACAGGGAAGGGAGACGGAUCAGACAUACUUGAUGUUUUGAACGUGACGUGUUCUGGUAAAGGGCGUUAUCUGGUCCUGUACACCACUACAAUAAACAAUGGUGACGCUGUACCCAUUUUGGAUUUCUGCGAAGUGCAGGUUGACGUGUGCGCUCCUGGUACUUUCGGCUCUGUCUGUGACAACUACUGCCACUGUGCUGGUGAUGUCUGCAACUUCGUGAACGGCGUCUGUCCUAGUGGAGUCUGUCUACCAGGCUGGCAGCACGACGAGUGUGACACAGAGUGUACCCAAUUCAGUUAUGGACAAAACUGUAGUAAAAAAUGUUCUGAUAGGAACUGUAAGAACGACAACUCUAGCUGUGACCAUGCGACAGGGAUGUGUGUCGGAGGUUGUAAGACUGGAUGGAAUGGAACAGACUGUACACAGGAAUGCCCAGGUUCCUACGGAGAUGGCUGUGCUUACCAGUGCUCUGCUAGAAAAUGCCGUGGGACAUCGACAUGUGAUCACGUGACAGGCAAGUGUGAAAACGGCUGCAAUCCCGGAUGGAAGAUAGCUGACUGUACACAAGAAUGCACCAAAGGCGUUGAAUAUGGAUCUGGCUGUGUUGGUAACUGCAGUGCCCGGAUGUGUGAUGGUGGUACAGACGCCUGUCCCCCGGACACAGGCCAGUGUGAAUCUACCUGUGUGUCAGGGUGGCAGGGAGAGGACUGCGCGCAGGUGUGUAGCCUAGGUUCAUUCGGUGAAAACUGUUCGGAAGAAUGUGGACAGUGUCUUGACACCAGUGACUGUCACCAUGUCAAUGGAACUUGUAUAACAGGAUGUGUUAAUGGAUGGACGAACCACACAUGCACACAAAAGCAAGAUGAAGGGCCAACGUCCAAUGCAGGAAUCUUUACGUCAGCUGGUGUUGUAGUUGCCAUCAUCGUUGCAGCAGCCGUCGUUGUUAUCGUUGUUGUCUUGGUCAGGAGACGAAGAAGUCAAGCAGCAAACAAAAGAGAUGAUCAUGCAGAUAUGUCCCCAGAGCAGAUAGAUAUGAUGAACGACCCUGCGUGUACCAAUGAUGUGGACACGGACGAUUACGUCAACCCUGUAUAUGUAAGUGGCCAUGUUGCAGAUAAAAACGACCCUCUGCCUACCAGCGUUGGGGACUCAGACGCGUACCUCGACCCUGUGUAUGCAAAUGCUGUGGACUCGGAAGAGUACCUCGACCCUGUGCGUGCAGGUGCCGUCGUGGUGGUGGACGAGAAGGACGAAGCGGCUGUAGAUGAGGACGACAACGACACGUACUACAACACAGCAACUGCUCCUGCAAUAACGUUGGUGUCUGUAGAUAAGCUACAGGAGCGGAUCCAGGAGCUGCAGGUGCCCGUCGGGGGCUUUCAGGCAGAGUAUCAGGUACGACCAAAAACAUGACAGAACGAGGUACGCAUUAAUCCGAUUAAAAGUGACCGACAGGACCACAUAAUAAGACGGCGAGAUAUUACCAGAUACUGAUCCGCCAUCACAACGUGACUAUUCUUAUGAAGAUAUAAACUUGACAUUACAAGGUGUAAUACGAGUAUAUUAUUUAAUUCAUGAACAAUGUUA